AUGUCCCACACCCGCCCCCGCACUGCAACCCCGGCCCCGCCCCCGCACUGCAAAACCCCGCCCCGCCCCCGCACUGCAAACCCCGGCCCCGCCCCCGCACUGCAAACCCCGGCCCCGCCCCCGCACUGCAAACCCCGGCCCCGCCCCCGCACUGCAAACCCCGCCCCGCCCCCGCACUGCAAACCCCGGCCCCGCCCCCGCACUGCAAACCCCGGCCCCGCCCCCGCACUGCAAACCCCGGCCCCGCCCCCGCACUGCAAACCCCGGCCCCGCCCCCGCACUGCAAACCCCGGCCCCGCCCCGCACUGCAAACCCCGGCCCCGCCCCCGCACUGCAAACCCCGGCCCCGCCCCGCACUGCAAACCCCGGCCCCGCCCCCGCACUGCAAACCCCGGCCCCGCCCCCGCACUGCAAACCCCGGCCCCGCCCCCGCACUGCAAACCCCGGCCCCGCCCCCGCACUGCAAACCCCGGCCCCGCCCCCGCACUGCAACCCCGGCCCCGCCCCCGCACUGCAAACCCCGGCCCCGCCCCCGCACUGCAAACCCCGGCCCCGCCCCCGCACUGCAACCCCGGCCCCGCCCCCGCACUGCAAACCCCGGCCCCGCCCCCGCACUGCAACCCCCGCCCCCACACAAGACAGCUAAGGGAGGCAUUCCGGCUAUUCGACAAGGACGGAGACGGGACGAUCACCAAGCAGGAGUUGGGACAGUUCAUGAGGAACCUUGGACAGUUUGCCACCGAGGAGGAGCUCCGGGUCAUGCUGGACGAGAUCGACAUUGACG